AUCCUGCAGCUUCCAAGAAUGUCAAGGGGGAGGUGUCUGAGAGCAAGCUGCUUUGUUUUUCUCCCCUCUUCUUCGAUCAAUCUGAAUUCCUGACAAAUGUGGAUCCUAAGGGCUUAGAACUGCAGCCACAGUUGCCAGGGGAUUCUGGUCAUGAGGCUCAACCCAUAUUGGAUUCACUAAAGAAGGAUAGAUUUAAACUGGCAUGGACAGCCUACGUUGACUGCCAAAGCAGCAUUUAGCUAUCAAAUGAAUUAGACUGAUCUUCUCUCCUCCGCAGUAAUACACUUGAGGAGACAAAGGAACUGGAAAAACAGACAAUGUUUACUUUAGUAAAGAUCCUGGACUGGGCAGCAGAAUGGAAGGACAGGAAAUUGGUUAUGAAACUAUAAGACAGGGUAGAUGGAUCCUUGUGCAAAAGCCCAUAUUUUGCUUCAGGGAGCUGCUUUCUUGAAGGCUGAUUUCAUGAUCCGGUUGCCAGGAUUAAGCUUUUUGCAUUGCAGCAUGGAGAGUCUUUUGUUUGAGUUAAAUUCAGACCUCUCAAUAUGUCACCUGACAGUCUUGUGGUUUUGGAUGAAUAUGGUUCAUUGCUAUUAUUAACCUGGGUUGGCAGCUGGGCAUAACAGGAGUUUAUAGGGAUUUUGAAAAGUGGAACUGCUUGGGGGACAAAGAUGCUUCCCAGCUGGCCUUUGCCGGAAUUUGACCCAAGUCAGAUCCGACUGAUCGUGUAUCAGGACUGUGAAAGAAGAGGGCGAAAUGUCUUAUUUGACUCCAGCUCUAAAAGAAAAACCGAGGACGUAUCCGUGUCGAAACUCUGUAGUGAUGCUCAGGUGAGAGUCUUUGGGAAAUGUUGCCAGCUGAAGCCUGGAGGAGACAGUUCCUCUUCAUUGGACAGUUCCAUCAAUUCAUCUUCCUUGUCUUCCGAUACGAAAGAACAAUGCCCAAAAUACCAGGGUUCUCGAUGCUCUUCUGAUGCCAAUAUGCUUGGGGAGAUGAUGUUUGGCUCUGUGGCCAUGAGCUAUAAGGGUUCUACGUUGAAAAUUCACCAGAUCCGCUCUCCUCCUCAGCUUAUGCUUAGCAAGGUUUUUACAGCUCGAACUGGAAGUAGCAUCUAUGGAAGUCUAAACACGUUGCAGGACAGUCUUGAGUUCAUUAAUCAGGACAGUAAUACAUUAAAGCCAGACCAUAGUACAAUUAUGAAUGGACUCCUUGGAAACAUAGGUCUUUCACAGCUUUGCAGCCCUAGGCGAGCGUUCUCUGAACAAGGUCCGCUCCGCCUGAUCCGGAGCGCCUCUUUCUUUGCAGUUCACAGCAACCCUAUGGACAUGCCUGGGAGGGAGCAGAAUGAGGAUAGAGACAGCGGCAUAGCAAGAUCUGCAUCUCUUAGCAGCCUGCUCAUCACUCCAUUUCCCUCCCCGGGCUCUUCACUUACCAGAAGCUGUGCCAGCAGUUACCAAAGACGCUGGCGUCGCAGUCAGACCACAAGCUUGGAGAAUGGGGUCUUCCCUAGAUGGUCCGUAGAGGAAAGUUUUAAUUUGUCAGAUGACAGCUCUGGUCUCAGCCCGGGAAUUGUUAGGAAAAAGAAGAUCGCAAUUGGUGUGAUAUUUUCACUCUCAAAGGAUGAAGAUGAAAAUAAUAAAUUUCAUGAGUUCUUUUUCUCACAUUUCCCUCUUUUUGAGAGUCACAUGAACAAACUGAAGAGUGCAAUAGAACAGGCUAUGAAAAUGAGCCGUAGAUCAGCUGAUGCCAGUCAGCGGAGCUUGGCAUAUAACAGAAUUGUAGACGCCCUAAAUGAAUUCAGAACAACUAUUUGCAAUCUUUAUACCAUGCCACGUAUUGGCGAACCUGUCUGGCUUACCAUGAUGUCGGGGAUCCCAGAAAAGAACCAGCUGUGCCAUCGCUUCAUGAAGGAGUUCACUUUCUUAAUGGAAAAUGCCUCCAAAAAUCAAUUUUUACCAGCCCUUCUGACUGCAAUUCUGACUAACCACCUGGCCUGGGUCCCAACAGUCAUGCCAAAUGGACAGCCACCUAUAAAAAUCUUCCUGGAAAAGCAUUCCUCCCAGAGUGUGGACAUGCUGGCCAAGACUCAUCCAUACAACCCACUGUGGGCACAACUAGGAGACUUGUAUGGGGCUAUUGGAUCACCUGUGAGAUUAGCAAAAACAGUGGUGGUUGGUAAAAGACAAGAUCUAGUCCAGAGAUUGCUUUAUUUCCUCACUUACUUCAUAAGAUGCUCUGAGCUACAAGAGACGCAUCUUCUAGAAAAUGGGGAAGAUGAAGCCAUAGUAAUGCCGGGAACAGUUAUUACUACUACGCUGGAGAAAGGAGAAGUAGAGGAAUCUGAGUAUGUGCUCAUAACAAUCCACAGGAACAGAAGCAAUUUGCUAUCUAGUGAGUCUGAAGAAAUGAGAACUCCUAACUGUAGCUGUAAAUAUUGCAAGUGUCCGCUUCCUCUUGGGCAAAAUACAGAAGGUGUUUCACAUCAAGAGAGAGAAUAUGCCCCAAAUGCCUCUAAGGUGGAGCAGGAGACUUCUUCAGAUGAGAGCAGGACAACUUCUGCUGCUGACUGCCAGGAAAAUGCUGCUGACAUUAAGCAGUGCAAGGAUAAAUUGAUAUCUUGUCUGGACACCAAACUGGAGACAGUAAUCUGCACAGGGUCAGCGUCGGUGGACAAAUGUGCAAUGGCAGAUUUGGGAUUAGAGCCAACAGCAAGAACGUGGAAGACUGAGGAGUCACUGGAGUCUGGUAACCAGGCCAGCAGAGUAACAAGAUCAACAGGUAUAGCAGUGGAAAAGAAGCCUCCAGAUAAGCUCUUGUCUGAUGCAUUUCCUUGUAGUACUGCUGAGGCUCAGACAAAGGUGACUUUCCUGAUUGGAGAUUCCAUGUCUCCUGAUUCAGAUAUUGACCUCAGAAGUCAAGCAGUCGUGGAACAAAUUGCUAGGCAUCACAACCAAGCAGCAAUAGAGGAAGAAGCGAGUGCUGCUCAGAACUGUGAAGCAAAACAAACUGUUGAGGACCAAAAUAGAGACUGUGGGACAGCUGAACCGUUCCCUCGAGUUGCCAGCGAGCAUCAGAAUUGGAAUCCGAAUCCUUACAAUGCAGAGAGCAUGAGUCUGUUUGAUGAGUAUUUUACGGAUGAUGGUUCGAUUGAAACCAGGACUAUUGACGAUAUUCCAGUGCAAGCAGCUAUAGAGGUUCUAGAUCAUGGCAGUAGUUUAGAACUUUCUAAAAAAUUAGGUACAACGAACAGCAAACUACCCAGUGAAUUUUGUAAAUUUAUGGAAUCUGUUCGCCAGGAGACAUGCAAAAACUGUUUUGCUGAGCAGGACCAAAGAGACAAAAUCUCUAUUUGUGUCCCCCAUGGGGAUAAAGAGAAUUCAGAGAAAAAAGUUGCCCCAGGAUCUGAUUGGGACAUUCCAAGAAAUGAGAGCUCAGAUAGUGCUCUUGGUGACAGUGAAAGUGAAGAUACAGGUCAUGAUCUAACCAGACAAAACAGUAACUACUACGUAGGAGAGCACGAAGAUUGGACAGAAGAAGAUGAGAUCCCUUUUCCUGGGUCAAAAUUAGUUGAAGUGAACUCUAUCCAGCCCAGUAUUGCCAAUUUUGGAAGGUCCUUGCUAGGUGGCUACUGUUCAUCUUACGUACCUGACUUUGUUUUGCAAGGAGUAGGAAAUGAUGAAAAACUGAGACACUGUUUGGUGUCGGAUUUGUCGCAUGCGGUGCAGCAUCCUGUUUUGGAUGAACCAAUUGCAGAGGCUGUUUGCAUUAUCGCAGACACGGAUAAAUGGACAGUACAAGUGGCCAGUAGCCAAAGGCGAAUGAUUGAUAAUAAACUAGGAAAAGAGGUGUUAGUCUCUAGCCUUGUCUCCAACCUGCUUCAUUCCACUCUUCAGCUUUACAAGCAUAAUUUAUCUCCAAAUUUUUGUGUUAUGCACCUGGAAGAUCGUCUGCAAGAGCUGUAUUUCAAAAGCAAGAUGCUGUCUGAAUACCUCAAGGGCCAGAUGCGAGUUCAUGUCAAGGAGUUGGGCGUGGUAUUGGGGAUUGAAUCCAGCGACCUCCCUUUACUGGCAGCUGUAGCAAGCACUCACUCUCCAUAUGUUGCCCAGAUACUACUUUAAAAUGCUGGAGGGCAUAGAGAUUAAGACUUUUUUUCCCUGGAAUUGAAACAGAAGACAAGGAGACAGACAUGAAACACACUUGUCCUGGUUCCUUUUUGCUGGAGGCAACUGAACUGAACAGCUUGCUGAGCUGACUGGGUCUCAGUCAUUGACUGCAUAUUAUAUAAACAAUUGGAGAGGUCUUUUUUUCCCCCCCUCUCUCCUAUUUGGCCAUUCAUAAAAAAGAAUUUAAACUAUAACAGUAAUUGAAAAGCCAGAGUUUGAGGUUACUGAAGAAAACCCAAGAUUUUAGAAAAAGCUGAAGAACUGCAAAUGGUUUGCGCAGUUUCUGCAAGGAGGCUAAUUAUGUACAAUGUAAAACAGGGAAUGCAAGGAAGAACUGCUUUGUAAUAAUGUACAGUGCAUUUGCUGACUGUAAACUUUAACAGGAGAAGAAAGCAGCUGUCUUGAGACUGGCUUAAACCUGUUAGGAGUGUGUUAAGAUCUUUAACUCUCAAACUGCAAUGAUUUGUAACAACUUCUACUUUUUCACUAAAUAGUCAAAUUGUGGAUAUUUCUCAAGGGAAAAAUGAUUUUUGUAAGCAGCUUACUAAUGACACUCAGCUAAAAAUGUAUUUGUACUCUUUUUUUCAAGGGGGGAGUAGCCAACAAACAAACUGGCAAAUGUGACUCUAUUUCCCUUUCUUGGCUUGGUGUUGUAACAGGUAUUCAAAGGCUAUAAUGUGUAAAUGUUGCUUUAUAGUGAUACCUUUGUUUCAUGACUUACGAAAAAUAGAAGAAAUGCAAUUUUGAAACAAAACCAACAAACGCUAAAGAGAAUGUUGAUUGAAAUUUCCGUGUGGUAUCCCAAAAAUGCCAUGACUAUUACCUCUAAUAGUUUUACAGUCUAUAAUAUUCUGGCAAUAUAUUGUUUUUACAGCAGUCAGUCAGUGAGUGAAAUAAUGAGCUAGAAAUAAUUGUACCAAAGCACUGGGGGAGAAAAAAUAGACUAUAACCUUAAUUGCUCAGGUAACUAAUUGCUAUAUUUUUUUAAAAAAAGGUCUUCAAACGUGGAUGCCUGAUUAUGCCAUUGCAUAGAAAUAUCAAAAAUAUUUUUAGACAAAAUAUCCCAAUGAUGCAAGUUCUUGAAAUCCCUUUUCUACUGACUUGAGCAGCUACCAGCAGGAAUUGCUGUUUGUUCCAUUCUCAGCAUUUCUCCUUUAUUCACUCAUCAUUGUUUUGCCAUCAUGUAUACAGCACAGUAGCUGUAAAAAUAGCUGAUGUGGAACCAGUCUGCUGUAAGUAAUGUAAAUGUACAGUAGGUGGGUGAUUAUGUUUCAAAAGGCUCUACUACCUCAGUUUAACUGGAUACUGCGUUAUAUGCUUCUCUUUGCUUUCUUGUCCUAGCAGCCAAUUCAUGUAGCUAAUUACAGUUAUUGUUUUCAUUGAUCAUCCUCAGUAUACCGGAGUUCACAGACUAUCCAUAAUAAAAGUGAAAGGUACUGGUUUACUAGUUCACUAAACUAUAUUUACCAUUCUAUAAUAGCUCAUUCUUUCUAUAAGCCUUUUUUCAAUCAUGUAACGUGCUCUCUGUUGUGGUUUGCAGAUGUUUUAAAAACAAAACAAUUUCCCCCACCCCUCAUUCAAACUUGAAAACAAUGGGUGAAAUCCCAGCCCGGCUGACAUAAAUAUCAAAACUCUGCUGACUUCAACAGGGCAAAGAUUUCACCCAGUGUGUUUUGGUAGUACUAGUAUAAAAAAAUCAUAACUUUUAAUCUUAGGACUCCAUUCCUACAAGGAUCCAUAUGGAUGGAGUUGCACCUGCACCAUUAUCCUUGUAGGAUUGGGAUCUAACUUGGUAAGUAAGCCAAACUUUAAUAUGGGCAGUGUGUCCUGAAACUCUGUCUGCAUACAAAAUCUAAUGCUGACUGCUGCCGGGAAGACUUUCAUAUUUAAUACGUAGUUUGAAGAUGUAAUUUGUCACUUUGCUUAUUGUUUAAAUGUCCUCUUUUAAGCCCAUGAUUAUAUUACAUCUGGGUUUUGGAAUGAACACAACAAAUGUUUAAGGGCCUGAUUCUACAAACACACAUCAGUAAUGUAGGAUUGCGUUCUAAAAUACGAAUUUUAAACUAUUUUUGCUAGAAUACAGUAUGUAGCCAAUAAUUACAAUUCUGAACAUUGUACAUAUUUUUCAGUUAAUAUAACCUGAUCGCAGUAGUGCAACAAGACUCAGUACAGCAAUGUAUUGAACACUCUGACUCUGAUCCAUCAAAGCACUUAAAGCACGUCCUUAACUUUAAGCACGUGCUAGUCCCAUUAAACACAUGUUGUCUCACCUGGAGUCAAUGGUACUAGCACAUGCUUAAAAUUAAGUUCGUGCUUAAGUGCUUUGAUGGAUCAGCACCAUGCUCAGCACCUUGUAGGAUUGAGCCCCUAAUUAAUUAUUACAAGAAAAUACUAUGUUCUCUUCUGUUUACUCAUCACUAAGAAAACUCUGGACAUUAUUUUGAAAUUGGGGUUGACUCUAAGAAACACAUGGCCUCUGCCAACAUGAAAUGAAUUACUUGAGAGAGGAAAAAAUUGUCAUUAAGUUGAAUCAUUUUCCGCUUUCUUCUGCCUAACACAGCUCCCUUAGACCGUUUUAAUGCAAUCAUUUGUUCAGUCAGUCCUAGACAAAGUGGCUGCUCUGCCACUACUGUGGUUAUCAGGUCACCGAUGCUAGCUCCCCAUGUGAGACAAAUAUCUGAGCUUUAGGUCUAAAAUGUAUGGACACUUUUCCUAACCAUAUCGCCAUUGUGGUAAAUAUGCAAAUUCAACUUUAGUGUGAUGGGCAGUGUUCCUGUAACUUAUCUUUUAUGGUACAUGAGAAAUGUGAUACAUGCACUUUUUUGGUGAAUAAUUUUUAAAAAGGGAUCUUUAACAACACUAUAGUGUUGAGUUUUUAAAAUGUAUCACCCUUUUUUGUGUAUAGAAAACUAAUCUAUUUGAUUUUGUUCUUCAGUAUUCUCAACCUCUAUUAAUAUGUCUUAAUUUUGAGGCUAAAAACAUUAAGUAUACUAAACAUAUAUAUACUAGCAAAUUUAUUUUGUUGCAAUUGGAAAACGGUGGUCUGCUAAAAACAAAAUACUAACUAAUAAUAAUAAAAAGAACAGGAUUUUACACCUUGCAUACAUUUUCCCUGUUAGUUAUGACAGAUGUUUUAUGACAAUUUUUUUGCUUUCUCUAAAUUAUUUAGAUGGUGGUAUGUGUAAAAUGCUGGGUAAAAUGUACAUAUUUGUUAUCUUUUGUUUUUUGUAUAUAUUUCCCGAGAUGUGCACUUGUAUUAUAAUAACCAUUCCCAAUUUUAGGGGAAAAUUGUGCAAUAAAUACAGUAUGUCAGUUUA